AACCUAAAUCCUACUCCAGAACUAUCUGUCUUCAGUUGCUAUCCAGCCAGGAAGUCAUACCCUCCUCUGCUGCAAACUGUCAAGGACGCUGGUCACAAAACUGGAGCUGAGCUGCUGAGCCUAUAAGUCACAGUAAUGGAGGAGAACUCAAAUGCCAGUUUUGAAGAAGAUUUUGAAGGGCAGGCUAUGCAUACAGGGCCCAAAGGGGUGAUCAAUGACUGGAGAAAGUUUAAAUUAGAAAGUGAAGACACAGACCCUUCAGCUCUGAGCAAGAAGGAAAUUCUCAGACAACUGUCUUCACCGCAUAGGUCUUCCAGUAAAGAAGAUAAAGACACCAGAGACAGAUUCAGCCGUAAGAUGAGUAUGCAGGAAUAUGAGCUAAUGCAAGAAGAGAAAGAAGAUGAAAGCUGCCUACAAAAAUAUCGCAAACGAUGCAUGCAGGAUAUGCAUCAGAGGCUCAGCUUUGGGCCCAAAUACGGUUACCUGUGUGAACUGCAAAACGGAGAAGAAUUCCUGGAAGUCAUUGAGAAGGAACGAAAAACCACCACAGUUAUUGUUCACAUUUAUGAAGAUGACAUCAAGGGCUGUGAGGCACUGAACAACAGCUUAAGCUGCCUUGCAACAGAAUAUGCAUCAGUGAGGUUCUGUAGCAUAAGGGCUUCUAAUACGGGAGCUGGAGACCGCUUCUCAAGUGAUGUGCUCCCAACACUGCUUGUCUACAAGGGCGGGGAGCUUUUGAGCAAUUUUAUUAGUGUUACUGAACACUUCAGUGAGGAUUUUUUUGCUGUGGAUGUGGAGUCCUUCUUAAAUGAGUAUGGGCUGCUUCCUGAAAGGGAACUCCCAGCACUUAAAAAUGGCAACAUGGAUGAACAAGAUAUUGAAUAAUACCAGGGGUAUGCCUACCUCCAGGGAGACUUAGAAAGGCCGUAGGGGGUACGUGCAGGCAGGCGGGGAUGGAGUGUGCCGCGGGGCAUGGCGGUGGCAUCUCCUCCAGUGUGUUCCCACAGCUUGCCUCUUACCUAUGGGAGGGGCAAGGGGAGAGGGAGGAGCAUGCCAGGUGCCACUGGCCCCACACAGCAGCACCUCCCCACCACCUCAGCUUCCUUUCCUCCACCCCUUCCUGGACAGCAACGAGGGUUUGAA